GCCCUUAGGAAUAUCUUUAGAUUUUGCAGCAAUUCAGAAAGCAAAUUACAUGUAGUUUUGGAGAGAAAGAGAACAAGAAGACCCUUCAUUUCCCGAACCCAACUCCAUCACAACCGAUAUCGUUCUAUUCAACAAUUAUACCAAAAGAAGUAUGAGUUUCUCGACCUAAUUGAACGGUGUGGAUCUAGUAUUGUCCUAGGACGUUACCGUAUGAGAGCCCAUUAAAUUCCAACUGAAAGUGAAUAUAGGCGGAGGUUGGUAUCCUUACGAGGUCAUAGCUAAUCUUGUAAAAUUCACGGCCUUUGCUUAAGAGACAGACAUCUUCCUGACGACCGCGCGUGGAUCAACUAAUACUGCGCCUGAAUACUGCCAUACGAGGUUCCAUUAAACUCCAACUGAGAGUGGAUAUAUGCCGAUUUUGGUAUCAUUAUAAGGUCAUAAUUGAUGCUGUAGUACUCGAGACCUGCGCUGUUCGUGCGUUUUUCGAACAGUCGUUUCGGUAUCUGACUGAGGUCGGAACGCAAGUCGCAUAGCUUUACAACAAGUGCAAACUUGAGCGUGGAGAGUUCGAUUACCAGUUUCAGUGGAGCGAUAUUGGGGUAUUCUAUUCGAAAGAGCACAUGAAAAGCGUGAACGCGGAGGAUGAUCAAGGGGCCAUUGUCCAGAUGAGUGUCUGGCCUGGUAGUGCCAAGAUUUCCGCAGACAACGAUCGCUUGCUUCUAGAAAGGGAGGCUGCUUGGACAAGUGUUCCGGUUGAGAAGAGCGAGCCGGUCAUGGAGAGAGGGCAUAUGUUGGAGAAUAAUUCAACUCGGCGCAAGAGGAAAUUGAAAGAAGAGAUGUGUGCCUAGCACAGACCUAAGAUCUGUGGGAAGAGGACUGCCGAGAUCUCAUUGAGAGAAAAGUAUGAAGGGAGAGCAAAGACGCGUUUGGCACAGUAGCUUGCUAGUAAUCAGAAUGGAAAAUUUGUUUCUGCUGCCUCAAGACUGCUUCUCAAACGAUGUAGUCAUUAGUACAACUAGGGUUUCAAGAACCAGAGGCAGCGUGGCAUGUCCAUCUCCAGCUGUUUGCAUGACAUUACGCACAACCAUCAUGCACAGCCUGGGUACAACAGGAUAACUUAGUGUCUGGUCUAUUGACGAAACUAUUAGAACGUGAUG